UCUGUUGCUAUUUAAAUCCCGUCGCUAACAUAGCGACGGAAAAAAUAUUCCGUCACAAUUUUGGCGAUCAAAAUUAGGGCUAAAUCCCGAUCUCAUGUUCCCCGAUCUUGUGCUCUCCGAUGUCUUCGACAUUCUCUCUGAUCUCCGGUGUCCUUCCCUCUUCGAUCUCCGACGUCUCCGGCAUCCUCUCCUCCUCAAUCUCGUGAGUUUACCCCCAGCAAGUCUUCAUGUCAUGUGGUCAAGCCUCAAGGAGAAUCGAAAGUUUAGUAGAGAUGAAGUUGGAUCAAUCCUAUCAUAUAUGUAAAUCUUGAAUUGCGAUUUGAACUCGUGAUUAUAAGAUAAUGGAGAAUAAAGAUAGUACUUCUACAAUCCACAUAGAUGAAUGGGCAAGAGAAUUGGAAAAUAAGGCAAUCUAUGAAACACAAAGGCAAGUUAGGUAUCAAAAUUCAACAAUCUUUAAAGUCUCAGAAAAUUUGCGAAGUGUUCAGUCUGAAGCCUAUGAGCCGAUGAUCAUUUCGCUCGGACCUUACCACUGUCAUAAGCCUCGCCUUCAAGUCACUAAUCAGUCCAAGUGGCUCUUGCUCCACAAAUUGCAGGAAAAGGACCCUGAAAAAAGUCUAAGGAACUAUCUUAAACUUGUCAAGGAAGAAGAAAUUAAUGUGCGAAAUACUUACUCAGAGCCGCCAACCGACAUGUGUGAAAAAACGUUCAUCGAGAUGAUGUUGUCGGACUGUGUGUUUGUCAUUAUGAUCGUGUGGUUUUGGAAGAAGGAGAAAGGAGGAAUGAAAGAAAUAGAAAACUCGAUCUUUAAGAACAGGCAACGAUCAUGGAGAACAGUGGCGCGAGACAUGUUGCUAUUAGAGAAUCAACUGCCCUUUUUUUUGCUCGAGGCUUUGUUCAACUCCGCAUUUCCUGAUAAACACGGUAGGCUAAAGAAAUGGGUGGCCCAAUUCUUCAGUGGCUUUGUGGUUGAUAAGAUGCUAGAAGUACCCAAGGACACUAAGACAAUUCAUCACAUUCUCCAUCUUUUUUAUUUAUGUAUUGUGCCAUCAAACAGAAGUAGCAAUGUUGUUUAUGUUCGACCAACGAUACGUCAUGGCCCGAGGAUGGAACGGGUACAAACUGCGACUCAAUUGGAAGCAACUGGAAUAAAGCUCGAGAAGAAGCGAAAUGCAAUGUCUUUCUUAGAUAUCACAUUCGAGAAAGAGAAAGGGGUUUUAGAGAUCCCCCAGAUCAGGAUUGAUGGCGAUACCAACAUCCUCUUAAGGAACCUCAUUGCAUUGGAGCAGUGCCAAAAGAGCACUAAUUGCUAUGAAAUUUCGACCUAUGCCUGGGUCUUAUCUUGCAUCAUUGACACUGAUAUUGACGUUGAACUACUGCACAAGAAAGAGAUCAUCAUCGACAGGCUUAGCAAUACAAACGAAGCUGUCAAUCUCUUCAGCGAGCUCUGCAAGGAGGUGGUGGUCGACCACAAAAACUACUACAUUUCAAAGGUCUUCAAGGAGGUAGAAAAAUAUCUACAAAUGAACUGAUUGGAGGUGGAGGAGUUAGCAAAAUAUCUACAAAUGGAAAAUUCACAAAUGUAGACCAGCCCAAUGGGACACGUGGACCCCAGGUUGAAGCUUGUGCUAAAUCAAUCACAGGUGCACGUACCACAGGAAUGACCCAACACCAGGCCACAAAUGCAAACUUACAGUUUCAAAGUAAAUGGCAAUAUUUAUGUAUUGUGUCACUUAAUUUGCUUGUAAAGCUAAAUAGUUCUUAUUGUGCUAUAAUUUGUAACAGAUAAAGUGGGACUGAUGUCCAUGAUAUGCCAUUUGGCAGACUACCGGUUGAAACCAAGCUAUAACUGCCGUUGGGCCA